UCCGCUUCUAAUCAGCACAGCCAUCCAGUUUGAAGUGAAACUCCAGGUGGAAGGAUCGCUGCUCCUCGGUUCAUCCAGAGGAGGAAUACCAGGAAAGGAUUCCGCAUGGGAUUACGUUUUUAACGCGGACGGGAUUAUAUUACCUCCUCAGGUGGAGCGGUAAUUCAAGAACACCUGGCUGAGCUGCUGAACCAGAACAUCAUUCAUCAUGAUCAGAUCCAUUACUGUCGUCUUCUACGUGUUCCUCUUGUCUUGGACAUGCUGGGCCAAGCCUAAUGGAUCAAAGAACAAGAAACCAAAGCAAGUUGUUCCGGAUAUAGAGUGUGACGUCCGGGCGGGGAAGAUUAACCUCCCAGAGUUCAUUGCCAAGUGUCCAGCACACUGUAAAGAAACCAAGCAGCAGGUCUACGGGACAGGCGUCUUUGCCUCAAUCUCCAGCAUCUGCAAUGCAGCCAUCCAUAGUGGAGUCAUCACAAACGCAGGGGGUAAAGUAAUUGUGAGGAAGAUGGCCGGGCAGAACGUCUACAAAGGCAGCAACGCUAACGGGGUGCGGUCACUGUCUCUACCCAAGUGGAGGGAGUCAUUUGUGGUCUCAGUUGGGAAACCAAAGAAAGGUGUCAUCUACCCAUCCACUCUGGACUAUGCUCCUUCAAGGCCAACCUAUGUGAAGACAGGUCCAAAAGACACCAGAUUAUCUGCGUUCACGACGCUGCCGCCAACAACAGCACCUGAAGCCACCACAACAACCCCUGAACCGACAACCACAGCUGCUCCCACUACCACCGCCACAACCACUAUGCCUCCGCCACCACCCACGACCACCAAAGCCCGGGCCGCAGUUCAUAAAAUCAGGGACGCAGGCAGCAGUCACCCGUACCUUGCCCAUGUGGCUGCCGCAAGUUCAAGACAGUCACAGAGUGCCCAAGGAAAGAGUCCAAGCCAAGUGUUCAGAGGUAGCUCCUACCCAAACAGGUAUCCACAGCGUGCCAGUGCAGGUUUGCGCCGGCCAGAGGCGGGCUCAGCCAUCAGGAGGCAACCAUCCUCUCCAGUCGGCCCAGCUUUUAACAGGGCUCCACCCGAGCGGACCCCGACAACGAGCCAGUCGAAUUCUGCUUUCCCCAGGAGAGACUGGCCACCCUCUUCUUAUUCUCGCCCUGACUGGUUCCCAGGAGCUCGACGACCAACAGAUGUUAGCUAUGCAGUUCCAGACUCAGGAUAUGCAUGGAGUGAGACAGAAACACCUGAGAUUCCAGCUCGGGAUCUGAGGCCUGAUAUCUCAGAGUAUGAACGCUGGCUUUAUAGCUUUGGACCAUACCCCCCUCGCUCCACUGACAUAGAUGGCAGCCACAAAAUGCCCCUGCACUUACCCCAUGGCAACGUGGAACCAGUAGAUGCCUGGAAACAAGAUGCAAACCCCUAUGAAUCAGGUUUUAGCUUGAGAGAACCAGAGGCGCUACCCAGAGCACCUGAACCCCCUGCAUCACAAGGAGACCCAAAUUGUAAGGUUGAUCUUGCCUUCCUGAUGGAUGGCAGCUGGAGCAUUGGGAAGCGGCGUUUUAAGAUCCAGAAAGACUUUCUGGCUGAGGUGGCUCAGGUCAUCAACGUAGGCAUGGCUGGACCAAUGAUGGGCAUCAUCCAAUAUGGUGAUGAGCCUGUGACGGAGAUCAGUCUGAGGGCCCACUCCAGCUCCAAGGACGUGAAGUCGGCCAUAGAUAAGAUUGUGCAGAAGGGCGGCAUGUCCAACGUGGGAAAGGCCCUCUCCUACAUCAACAAACAGUACUUCAGUGAUGCAAAUGGGAAUCGCGGAGGGGCUCCCAACGUAGCGGUGGUGCUUGUGGAUGGCUGGCCUACAGACAAGGUGGAGGAGGCUUCUCGACUCGCCCGAGAAUCCGGCAUUAACAUUUUCUUCGUCACCAUCGAGGGCCCUGAUGAGAAUGAGAAACAAAAUCUGGUUGAGGCCAACUUUGUUGACAAGGCUGUGUGCCGGACAAAUGGCUUCUUCUCCCUUCCCGUGAACAGCUGGUUCGCCUUGAGAAAGGCUGUGCAGCCGCUGGUGAAGCGGGUGUGCGACACGGACCGCCUGGUGUGCAGCAAGACCUGCAUCAACGCCAACGACAUCGCCUUCGUGAUCGACGGCUCCAGCAGCGUGGGGACUGGCAACUUCCGCACGGUGCUCCAGUUCGUGGCCAACGUCACGCGGGAGUUUGAGAUUUCGGACACGGACACGAGGGUGGGAGCUGUGCAGUACACCUACGAGCAGAGGCUGGAGUUCGCCUUCGGACAGUACAACAACAAGGCCGAGCUGCUGAACGCCAUAAAACGCAUCAACUACUGGAGCGGCGGGACCAGCACCGGGGCCGCCAUCACCUUCGCGGCAGAGCAGCUCUUCAGCAAAUCCAAACCCAACAAACGCAAGAUCAUGAUCGUCAUUACAGAUGGACGCUCGUACGAUGACGUCAGGGCGCCUGCGCUGGCUGUCCAUCGCCAAGGUGUGAUCGCCUACUCCAUCGGUAUCGCCUGGGCCGCCCAGGAUGAGUUGGAGUACAUCGCCACUGACCCCGACAAAGAGCACUCCUUCUUCGUGGACGAAUUCGACAACCUCUACAAAUACGUCCCCAAGAUCAUCCACAACAUCUGCCAGGAGUUCAACUCUCAGCCCAGGAACUGAGGGCAUCAGUGCGACGGAGGGGGAGGAGCAUGUUGGAUCAGGGCCGUCUUUAUCAGAAGGCUGACCGCAAACGCUCCCACCCUGCGGCCCCACAGAUGGCGUCUCUAGGUGGGCUGCAGGCACACACAGAUGUAGAGGCUAGAAUUUACACUUCCAGUAAAAAGCUUACAGACACUCAUCACCGGUAUGAAAGUCACAUCAAAUUUGGGGUCUUUUAAUGAGUUUAAAUGAGCCAGUUUCACAAGGAACUGAUUUUACAUGAAGUAACAUCAGUGAAUUUCGAACGUAAGAAUUGAAUGCACGUGUUUGAAUUUUGUGUUUAAUUUUUUCCAUUCUAGUCAUGGUCAUCAAAAUUAUGCACAAAAAUACAAAUACGUAUACUUCCAACAACAUUUGAUAGCUGCAUGACAGCCACAUGCUUGUUAUAGCCAAAAAUAAGCUUCCAUAGAAAUUGUGGCUGUAUAUUUGCAGAAUUGGUAGAGUUAAUUUAAUUUGAAUGGUUUUCUGGUUUUCAUCAAAGUUGUGGUGAGGCUGGAGCUAGUCCAGACACUCAGUGAUUUAAUUAUUUCCAAACCAGUUUUAAUGUGCCACUUAAGCUUGAACAUAAAUUCAGUACCAGUUUCUCAUUUUAACUGGGAAAUUUCGUGAUAAAACUAGAAAAUAUUCCUGUUAUUACAACAUGCAAAGCUCAUCAAAACAAGAAACUUUGACAUUAUAAUGAGAGAAAUUUUAUAUCUCAUUAUUAUGGCAAAAUUUCUCAUGAGUUUUACAUGUUGUGCUAACAUGAAGAAUACGGUCCCCUGACAGACUGCGGCUUGUUAAACCUCACCAUGACUCUUCACUCUGUUUCUUUUAGACAACAUCCAAAAAUCCCAAGACAGAUUGCUGUUUUACUAAUAUGACCUUUUGUAUUUAAAAGAGAAUAAAUUUUGGUUUUAAGGAGAUUACUUUUUAUGACAAGUUUCUUUUUAAUGUCGUUAAAACAAGAAUGUUUUUCAAGAACGCAUCAGAAAUGCUUUUGAAAUGGAGAAACUGAGGCCUCUGGACUGGCUUUUCCAAAGCCAAAACCUCAACUGUAUUGAAAAAUUUGUGGACUAAGCUCAAAAGCUUGGCAUGUAUCAGGAAACCAACUCAUUUAGAAUAAUUAGUUGUGAAAUAUCCAGUCAGAAUUAAGCCAGAAGCCUAAUUAUGGUUUAAAAAGCAAUCGUACGAGUGGCCAAGGUUCAAUUCUCUAAAAAAAUUAUUUGAGGCGGUAUGUAUAUAAAACAUGUUAACCCUUAUGAGCCUUUCUAGGAUCAAAACAAGUUUUAUAACCUAACUCUUGUUCUUGAAAUUCCUUGACAUUCUUUGUUGUGAGAACGAUUCAAACACAUCUUUAAAGGCACAAAAUAAUACCACGUUCAUUCUAAUGAUGAGUUUUUGUAAACUUUUCUUGUAACUGUAUUUCAUCAUGGAUUUGAAGAUCAAUUUUAAAAUGUAUCAACACAGUAAAUUCUCAUGAAAAACAUUAGCAUUGCACCUUUUGUUGGUGCCACAACACUGUCAACUCUUUGGUGGCCAGUUUGUGUGAUUUCCCUCACACAAAAUUUAGGUAAUUACUUAACAAGUUUAUCAAAAGAAACUGAAAUAAAACAGAAAGCUACAAUGAUAUAUGGCAGUCAAAAUGCAACUCUUUUUGUGCAUUACUAGAAAGCGAUUCCAGCAUAAUAAACUUUGCGGACAUGUGUAGGUUUAACACAUUCCUAACAUUUCCUUUAAUGGCUUCGUAUACUUCAUAAACUUGUUAACAUGGUGCUUUCAUGUGAUUACCUGUGAAGAGGAUCCCCUCUUUCACAGCUGAGGUAUUUUGAUCUUCCUAACAGGAGAUGUAAUCUGAGUUCAAGUCAGAGACUAUGGUGCUGUUUAUCUAAUUUUUAUGUGGGUGUAAAAGCAAACCACCAGCAUGGAUGUGGACUUCUGUGAAAAGUGGGGUUGGAUUAUGCAGUUUAUUUCAUCCCUUUCUGUAUUUCUGUAGCGAGCGGCUCCUAAUAUACCAAGCAUUUUGAAGUUUUAAGAGUAUUUAUGAUUUUUUUUUUUUGCCUUUGUUUUCCUGUUUGUACAUAUGCUUAUUAAAAUACCUUGCUUGUCAUGUUCACAUAAUUGGUAAUUUUUUGUUUUUAAUAAAACAAAUGAACAGAA